UGCGCUCCAUACCGAUUCCGUUCUGAUAAGCCACCGCAAGGGUAAGCGCGCGCCACCGCAGGCCCACUCUGCUCUGAACCUCCACUGCCGCAAGGAAUCAGCUGAGCUUAGCGAUGUCCGGAAAGGCCAAAGACAGGCAGCCACUUGCGCUGAGCGACACGCUGCGUGACCUCGCGCUCCUGCGCGCGUCGUCGAAGGAUCUGCUGGCCUCUGGUCUAGUGGAGACAGGGGAUGGCAAACACGAGGACGAGGAGGUCAUGCAGUCCCUCGCGCAAUCAUACGAAUUCGUGGCGGAGGCGAGGAAAGCGCUUAAACUUCACAACCGGGACGAGACGGCCGCGAUAGGGCGGAAGGUGGAGGAUGUGCGAAGCAGGCUGGAGGACGCGGAGAAGGGGCUGGCGCAGUGAAGGAAAUCAGAGAAAGCUUGGCGGGGGAACGUCGGUGUACAUAUGACUGUGCAGGCUCCUUCUGCGCCCGCCGCGGCAGGUGUAGGCUAGGUACUACUUCAUUUUAUUACUUGCGCUGUGUGCAGGCGAGGAGCGUGCCUCGAGGAGAAUUACAUGUCGAAAACAAAAAGCCCGGAGCAAAAGGGCAACAUAUGUCGACAUCAGUGAUCGGAGACGUCACGGCCUGGGCGGUGUCCUGAGGCGCGGAAAUUCGAAUUUUGAGCUCGCACACUCUUCCUCUUGACCAUCAACGAGCAGCGAAC